AUGCAUUGCAAUAUUCUACAAUUAAUUAAUUGUGGGUCGGCUUUAAGAAAAUUUACAACUGUUGGGGUUUUACAGUUUAAUUUCUAUUUCUUAUUACUUUUAAUUAAAACGAUUGCAUUUUCGGGUGUGAUAUAUUUUUCACUUAUAGCUCCAACGAAAAUGCCGCCGAAGGUUUCCAAGGUUAAUAUCCAGCCUAUCAACUUGAUUUUCCGAUGCUUACAGGGAAGAUCGCGCGUUCAGAUCUGGCUAUACGAGGAUGUAAACCACAGAAUUGAAGGAUAUAUUAUUGGUAAGUCUCUAACUAUAAGGUUGCGUUACUUUUUAGGAUUUGAUGAGUACAUGAAUUUGGUUAUCGAUGAGGCUGAAGAAGUCCACAUGAAGACUGACGCCAAGAAGAGUCUCGGCCGUAUCAUGUUGAAGGGUGACAAUAUAACACUUAUCCAAACUGUCUGA